GAAGCGCUCAAGUCCCAUCCGAGGGGGAGCGGAGGAGAGGGGGACUCCGGGGAAGCGCGCCCGCCGGGAUGGGGUCCAGGUGUGGUGCUUUUUGGUUUUACAUAGUUUGAGAUGGACUGACGCGGUCCGUUUUUGUCGGUUGGCUCUGGGUAAAUAGACCCCCCCCGGGUUUGAAGGAAGGGUUGCCGGAGUUGCGGUCGGUCGGCCGGCGGCUCUCUGUUCGCCAUGGAGUGAGAGAGCGCACGGGAACUUCAGCCUCGCCAUGAAAUCAGUUUUUUUCAGCCGCUUCUUCAUCCUGCUGCCAUGGGCCCUCAUUGUCAUCAUCAUGAUCGAUAUCGACAGUAAAAAGGCGAUCCGGGCUCCGGGGGCCGGCCGGACCGGCAAGGCGCAGCGAGCGGCCCGGACCCGCGCUCCGGGGACCGGCGGCCCCCAGAACCAAACCGCUCUGCCGGUCAUCCACGCCGUCACCCCGACGUACACCCGGCCGGUGCAGAAGGCGGAGCUGACCCGCCUGGCACAGGCUUUCCGCCAGGUGCCCCGGUUCCACUGGAUCGUAGUGGAGGACUCGGCGACGCGCACGGAGCUGGUGGCGCGCUUCUUGGCCCGGUGCGGCGUGCCGUACACGCACCUGAACAUUUUCACCCCCCGGAGGUUCAAGCGCACCGGGAUGCCGCGCGCCACCGAACAGAGGAACGUGGCUCUGACGUGGCUCCGGCAGCACCGGGACAAGCGGGACGCCGGAGUGGUUUUCUUCGCGGACGACGACAACACCUACAGCCUGGAGCUGUUCGAGGAGAUGCGUAGUACUCGAGGUGUUUCUGUUUGGCCGGUGGGAUUUGUGGGCGGAAGAGCGUACGAGCGGCCCUUGGUGUCCGGGGGUAAAGUGGUGGGCUGGUACACCGGCUGGAGACCGGACCGACCCUUCGCCACCGACAUGGCAGGUUUUGCAGUGAACCUCCAGGUGAUCCUGGCGAACCCGCGGGCGCAGUUCAAGCGGCGCGGCUCCCAGCCGGGGAUGCAGGAGUCCGACUUCCUCAAGCAGAUCACCAAGGUCACCGAGUUGGAGCCCAAGGCCAACAAUUGCACCCAGGUUCUUGUUUGGCACACUCGCACGGAGAAACCACACCUCGCCAAUGAGCCCAAACAUCGGAAAGACACCGUGGUCAUUGAGGUGUGAGAGGAGGGGCCGAGCAGCGGAUCGGAGACGCCAUGUCUUUGCUAACCAGCGACAGCACGGGUUGUGCCGUCUGUCCCGCUGGACACGGACUCUAUAGGAGCUGCAUGAUUCAAGACCCCUGGCUGGCUUCUUGUUGGGACGUCUUGGCCUGUAAUGUAAUGUAAAAAAAACAAACAAAAAAAGCAUCUUGUUGCUGAAGUGCCGAGUGAAUAAUUUGGCAUUUUAAUCAUUAAUACAUCCUUGUCAAAUGAACUGUUACUGUGAUAUAAUUACUGUACAAACGAGGCUCUCUGUUAAGACAACUCGUAUUGCACAAAACAAAGAAGAUGGACAUUUUUCAUUGUUAGUACGAAGCAUGUAUCACGGUGUUGUUAGCAUAAAGCUAGCGAAGACUGCAACUCACACUAAUUCUUUGGGAACAACGUCUAGCAAACUGCAACAAACCUCUCUAACAAGUAGCUUUUAUUACAAAACAAUGUGUUGGUUUGCUUUAAAGGUGUUGGAGAUGGUAUUUUGGAGUAGAGAGAGAUCUGCGUCGUCGGCUUCCAGUCGUGAUGCUAAGCUAGGCUAACCGGAUCCUAACUCAAGCGCUGUGUGCGCACAAAAUUGGCAUAAUUUUGUUGUCUUUCAUGUCAUCUGUCCCUUUGACUGAGCAGAGCACACAUGUUGGACCGCAUCAUCUGACAAAAGGUGCGUUCGCUGCUGAAGAACGUCUCCGUCUUCAAUUCCUUAUAUCUGUAAAAUGGCCAAAAGCGGCUCCUGCCUCUCGUUGAUACACCUUGAUGUCUCAGCGUUGACGCAGUAACGAUUCAUCACUGGCGAUUGUCCUUCACGUCACCCUGAACUGGUCGUAGGAGAUGAUCGACCUCCUCUCGCUGUGCGUUUCUUCAGUGUGCGACCGGGUCAUGGAAGCGGCGUAACAAAGCGAUGUCUCAAGCUGCCGUCAAUAAUGCAAAGCACGAGGGUGAACAACAAGGUUCGCUUCUGGUUUCACAGCUCAGUGUUUUAUCGGCAGUAUUGUCCUGGUCACUGAAGAGUGUGUGUGUGUGUGUGUGUGUGUGUGUGUGAUGUAAACACGGGGAAAAACAAACUGGAUUAAAUCCAGGAUUCAACACUUUGGCAAAGAAAAUGAACAAUUCAAUGUCAUUUUUUUGUCUGAAACUUACUGUCAUCUCUUGUAUGUUAUUGUAGUAGGCCUCUGAUAUGUUUUAAUACCUUUUUAAGUUAUUUAUAUAUAUUUCUACGUUGGUUCUUUUAUUUCUUCUGAACUCAUUUGGUCCAAAAAAUGUACAAGUCAACAACUCAAUACCACACAUUACGUGUCGCACAGAGAAAUACGUUUGCACUAGAUUUAGCACAUAAGUACAAUUGCUAAAGAAAGUAGCAAUGUGUCAUUAAAUAAUCUGAUUCAUUGUUGCUCAUAGAAUACUAUAGGAUACUUCACAUUUCCUCCACUAAACAAUCAAUGGACCUAUCAGAAAAAAAUAACGACCAGAUUAAUAAUUUAUGAGAAAGUGAAUAAUUUAGUUUAGACAAGUUGACAAAUUAACAGAAAACAGAAAACCACAAGAUUUCCAGCUGUUAUAAAUUCCCCAACACGUACAAGCGGCAGUGGUGAUUUCAGCCACACUGAAAGGUGCUGAAUGGCAUCUACAUGAAGGAAAGAGCGAACAAAGGGACGUUUGAGUUCAUGGCCGAUCCCUGCUGAUCCGUCCUGGUCGCCACCGCGACGCGAACGUGGUAAAACUACCACGGUGUUUUACCACACGUCGUCUUUUCCAAACUCACGGCUCAUUACGCAGGAUUCUUUUGGACAUAAUGUAUUAUACAUUUGUUGGCUUGAGUCUCAUGCAGAUUAAUUAUUUUUUAAGACCCGUUCUGAAAGGUUGAUAUUAGUAUAAUCAAAUAUUCAGAUAUCUCUGAACAGAAAUACCUAAUAAGACAGAUGAAAUGAAAAUACGCACAAAUCUCCCAAACAUUCUCUACCAACUCUGCAGCCAGCCGGCAGAUGGAUUUGACAUGUUUCUGUGCAUAUUUAUUGAACAUGGAAGUUUCUCAAAGGCUGCUGGGAAUUCUCCUUGCUUCAUGCUCCUGUGCUGCUGCUGCCGCCUGAUCUCGUCCACUCAAGGUAAUCUCCCACGAGCCCGAUAAUCCACUAGGAGCCGCAGUGACGAUUGGCGACAAAUUGACAUCCGCCAAGCGAUGAUGUGUGUGCCAUUAAAGCACUCUAAUUAGUAUUUUUGGACUCUCGCUGGAAAAAACACGCUGAACAUGAAGGUCGGUGUUGUUGGACGCAGGCAGAUUGUGCUGAAUCCCAUAAUGAAUAAACCGUUUUCAAAUA